AUGAAUCUUGUAAGGUUUAUGAACAACCGUGUUCCUCCCAACAAGAGAUACCAGCCCACAGAAUAUGAGCAUGCUGCCAACUGUGCCACGCAUGCGUUAUGGAUACUCCCCAGCCUGCUGGGCAGCUCAGUGUUGCACUUCCAGUCGGAGGACCAAUGGGAGCGACUGUCGGCCUGGGUGUACGGGGCGGGGCUCACCUCGCUCUUCAUCAUCUCCACCCUGUUCCACACUGUGGCCUGGAAGAAGAGCCACCUACGGUCUGUGGAGCACUGUUUCCACAUGUGUGACAGGAUGGUGAUCUAUUUCUUCAUUGCUGCCUCCUACGCCCCGUGGCUGAACCUUCGGGAGCUGGGUCCCUGGGCGUGUCACAUGCGCUGGUUGGUGUGGGUCAUGGCCUCUUUUGGAACCACCUACGUCUUCUUCUUCCAUGAGAGGUAUAAGAUCAUGGAGUUGAUCUGCUAUACGGUGAUGGGAGUGUUUCCUGCCCUGGUCAUCCUCUCAAUGCCGGAGCAGUCAGGGUUGUGUGAGCUGUUGCUGGGUGGAGCCUGCUACUGUCUGGGGAUGGUCUUUUUCAAAAGUGAUGGCAUUGUCCCAUUCGCUCACGCCAUUUGGCACCUGUUUGUAGCUAUGGGAGCAGCCAUACACUACUACGCCAUCUGGAAGUACCUCUAUGCCCAGCCACCCAAUCAGGUCCAGACCUCCAGAUGA